GGUAUGAGAAUGUGGAACCUUUCAAAAGGUUCAUUUUUGACAAUGCCCUCAUCGGCCUUGGAUUCGAAGGCAACCCUUUCACUUGGUCCAAUAAGCGCUCUAGUCCAAAUUUGGUUAGAGUUAGAUUGGAUCGGGUGUUGUGCUCGCCAUCUUGGAGAGUGAUGUUUGGAGAAGCGGUUGUAUUCCAUGAAAAGAUGGUGGCUUCUGACCAUUGCCCAAUUAGAAUUGAUUUCCACUAUCAAGGAAACAUAAGAAGAAGAACACCAUUCAGGGUGGAUGAAAGAUGGCUGGAAAAAGAGGGAUGCAAUGAGAUUGUUUGCAGGGAAUGGGAUCCAGGAGGACUAUCUAGCAAUCAGCUAAACAAAUGCGAGAGAGAACUUAAGGCAUGAGCGAAAGACUUCCAUAAGAAUAGUAUUCUUAGGGAGAGUGAAAUUGUGUCCAGACUUGAGAUUCUCCAUCAACCUCCACGUAUUCUAGAGAAUGUGGAGGAGGAGAAAGGCCUUACAUCAGAAUUGACCAGAAUUUGGCUCGAGGAGGAAGCCUUUUGGAGUCAGUGCUCUAGAGUUAUUUGGCUUAAAAAGGUGAUCAAAACACUUCAUUCUUCCAUUCUAGCACUAUUCACAGAAAGCAUAGAAACAGAAUCCUUCACCUUAAAGAUGAUAUGUGGAAUUGGGUUGAAGAUGAGGCAAGGCUGAAGGGUAUGUCAGUAAGGUUUUUCAAAGAGCUUUUCAAGGCUACAAAGGCACCAGGGCCAGACGGGUUCUCGAGUAAAUUUUACAGAAGAUACUGGGAUACUGUUGGUGAAACCCUCUGUAGAGAAGUAAAGGAUUUCUUUUAUUCAGCUAUUAUGCCUGGAGGGUGGAAUGAUACGCACAUUGUGAUGGUACCAAAGGUGGACCAUCCAGAGACAAUAGGCCAAUUUCGACCCAUCAGUUGCUGCAAUUUCAGGAAAAUCAUCUCAAAGAUUUUGGCUACCCGACUGAAGAAAUGGACUCCCUAUUUGGUCUCAGAGCUUCAGACAACAUUCACAGGCUGUCGCCUCAUCCAAGAUAAUAUCAUUAUCGUUCAUGAAGUUCUACACCAUUUCAAGAAUCACAAACUAGGCAACAUAAGGGAUAUGAUGCUGAAGCUAGAUAUGAAAAAGGCUUAUGACAUGGUUGAGUGAGAGUGUCUGGAGACUCUCCUAAGGCAAUAUGGGUUCAAUGAGAGAUGGUGCAAAUGGGUCAGCGCUUGUAUCCGUACGGUCAGUUUCUCAGUAUUGUUCAAUGGAGAAGCCUCAGAGAGCUUUUAUCCCUCGAGAGGCAUUAGACAAGGAGACCCUCUAUCCCCUUUUCUUUUCAUCCUUAUGUCUAAUGCUCUCAGAUUCCUGGUUGACAAAGCAGUUAUAGAAGAACGGAUCAAGGGAAUUAAGCUCAACUCGAGAUGCCCUACUCUCACUCACUGUCUUUUUGCGGAUGACACAAUCACAUUUGGGAAAGCUAACAUCCAAGAGGCUGAAAGAAUUUUGGAGGUCAUCAACGACUAUGAGGCAAUCACUGGUCAAGAAGUCAACAUACACAAAUCCUCUAUUUUUUCAGGGCGAAUGUUCCAGCUGAAGAGAAGAAUGAUAUCAUUAAUCACAUUGGAUUUGCGUCCUCCAACUUCCAUUCAAAAUAUCUUGGAGCCCCGACAGAACAGGGAAAUUCAAAGAAGGAAACAUUAUACUCCCUUAUCCAAAGGAUGGAAAAGAUGGGGGAAGCAUGGAAGAGCAUGCUUCUCUCACAUGGAGGAAAGGCAGUCCUCCUCAAGUCGGUUAUUCAGGCUAUCCCUUCUUUCAUCAUGUGCCUCUUCCUUCUACCAGUGUCCCUGACGAAGAAAAUGGAUUCUCUUCUUUUCAAUUUUUUCUGGUCAGGGUCGAUGCAAAAAAGCAAUCUUCACUGGUGUAGGAAGGAUGUUCUCUGUACCCCAAAAUCAGAGGGAGGGUUGGGUUUUCGAAGCUUUAGAGAUUUCAAUACGGCCCUGCUUGCCAAACAAGCCUGGAGGCUUAUGAACAACACUGAUUCACUUUGGAGUCGUCUCAUUAAAGGACUUUACUUCCCUAGAGGCAACUUUCUCUCAGCUAAAAAAGGAAGCAAACCAUCAUUGAUCUGGGCGAGUCUAUGGGAGUCCAAGAAAGUCAUUGAUCUAGGAGCUGCUAAAGUGAUUGAAUCGGGUGAGGAUACAUGGAUUGAUCAAGAUCCUUGGAUUCCCUUCCUUCAUAAGGCGAGCAUUCAGAGUGGUCUACAGAACCACGCAAGAGUCAGUACCUGUAUUGAUCCGGAAAGCAGAAAGUGGAAUGAUGAUUUGAUCCAGGGACAAGUUUCUUCUCCAUAAAGGGAUGCUAUUUUGAGAGUUCCGAUUGGGGAGGAGGACGCCAAGGACUUCUGGCGUGGAGAUUUAAUGAAGACGGAAAGUUUAC